UUCGACCCAAUGGAGCGCGAGGAAACCAGGAGGUGACCCUCAGAGCGGCAGCCCGCCGCGCCAAUCACGAGCCGCAGGGUCGGGUCGGAGGGGAGAAGCAGGAAGCGGCCAAGGAGGCGGAGGCCGCUCCGCAGUCAGGAGAGGGGCCUUGCGGGGGUUGUGGAACCGGCGGACCACCUGCCCCUCUCCGAGUCGGAUUACGCCGCCAGGGCACUCCAGGCAGACGGAGCCGAGCAGGUGGCUAAAGAGGGCCGUGCCGAAUUUCUGGGCUUCCGGCAUCGCCAGAUGGCAGAAAGCUCUACCUGCUAAUUACUCGGCCUGGCUGGCACGGCCACGGAGGAGAAUGUGCCGUAGUAAAGGGCUUUCUCAGACCUUCGCCAUGGGUGACAUGAAGACCCCAGAUUUUGAGGACCUCUUGGCGGCUUUUGACAUUCCUGACAUCGACACAAAUGAAGCCAUCCACUCUAGCCACGAGGACGCAGAGGCACAUAUCAAGCCCAUCCCUGUGGAGACGGCGGUCCCUGAGCACGUCCUUCCUCAUGCUGACAUCACCACAGUCAGCGUCAUAGUGAAGAACACAGUCUGCCCCGAGCAGCUGGACCCUGCAGACGGACGUGUCAAAGAAGGCCACGGCAUCGGCUCGCGCUUGCUGCAGAACGGUUUCACUGCCCCCGAGGUGCCCCGUUCCUCACCCACCCUCCCAACAGAAGUGGUGGCUGGCGCUAACGGGGAGUGUUGGGCACCGAAAGAAAAGGGGACCAAGAGCCUUGACAUCUUUUCUCACUUCAGCCCCGAUCCUCCUGAAGACAAUCCGGCUAACCUUAUUGACCGGCCGCGAGAAUGCAAGUUGAAAGAGAAGACUCUCUCUGUGCCUUCCCUCUCCCCACCCCCCCUGCUUUCUCCUGUCCCACCCUUGGACUGCCACGAGAUGGCGGUGGAGGCCGUUGGGUCUCUCCCUCCGACUUUCCCCCAACCCUUCGAAGCUUGCCCAGCCGGUGGAGGAGUGGGCCUUCCUCCAACCCCUCCUCCUCCAGCCCCUCUGGCCAUUAAGCAGGAGUCCGACUGCGAGGCACCCUGUCAGGAGGCCAGUCCUUUGGGCUGCCCGAAAUCCAGUUCUGUUUGCUACCCUACAGACAGUUCCCCUAUGGCAUCCUGGCCUGGUCCGGACACAGAUCUUGGCAGCAGCUCCAGUAACGCCCCCGAUGUCAAGAGCUCUCCCUCAAGCCCCCAGGACCCGUUCUUCAAAAGCUCUUCUCCGCUGGCAAAAGCGAGCCCGGGACCAUCUGUCUCGCCAAAACAGCCCAGUGUUGAGACCCUGAAGGAAGAGGCCAUUGAAAAGCCCAUACAGUGCCCGCAGGAUGCAUCCAGCGGGGAGGAAGAGGAGAAUGAAGAUGAGAGUCCCGGUUCCCCCUCUUCCAGUUCUUCGCGGCCUCUGAAGGUGAGGAUCAAGACCAUCAAGACCUCUUCCGGAAGCAUCACCAGGACGGUAACGAGGGUCUCUUCCGACUCAGAGCCCGGAACUGCCAAACUGCCUUCAGACUACGACAUGCAAGAGGCUGCUGCUGCCGAACAAGCCGUGCUCCCCGCUGCCCCAAAGAAAGAAGAAGGUGCCAUGGAGUCUCCCAAUCCGAAAACAGUAGCCGCCAGUCCCUUGAAGGCCAUCGAAGGGCCCAAAGUAGUCAGCGUGCAGCUGGGGGAUGGGACCAAGAUCAAAGGGACGGUCCUGCCGGUCUCCACCAUCCAGAACGCCAGCAGCGCCAUGCUUAUGGCCGCCAGUGUGGCGCAGCAGAAAGCAGUGGUGCUGCCCAGCAAAGCUGUGGCCAAGAACAUUGUCAGCUUGGUGCCACAGGCCCUCCCCAAAGCCACUGGCGGCCCGGCGGCCCAGCUGGCCACCAUCACAGCCAACCAGAAGGUCAACGGCACCACCGUGGUCGUGAUGCAGCCGCAGAAGUCCUCUCCUACCGUGGCCGGCACAGUCAUUUCCCGCAGCCAGUCCAGCCUGGUGGAGGCCUUCAACAAGAUCUUGAACAGCAAGAACCUCCUCCCCACUUACAAGCCCAACCUGGUCCCUCCGGCAGACUCUAGCCUGACCCUCCCGCCACUCGGCUACCGCUGCCUGGAGUGCGGCGAUGCCUUUGCCUUGGAAAAGAGCCUGGCCCGGCACUACGACCGCCGCAGCAUGCGCAUUGAGGUGACCUGCAACCACUGCACCAAGCGCCUGGUCUUCUUCAACAAGUGCAGCCUCCUCCUCCACGCCCGGGAGCACAAGGACAAAGGGCUGGUCAUGCAGUGCUCCCACUUGGUCAUGCGGCCCAUUGCUCUGGAUCAGAUGAUCGGACAGCCCGACAUCACCCCCCUCAUCUCCCUGCCCUCCCUGAAUGCCAGCAAAGUGGCCGCCGCUGCUACCGCUGCCGCGACUCCAGAGGCUGUGGCCGCAGCCAGCGGAGCAGCCUCUCAGGACCUGCCCGUCCUGCCUUUGAAUGGCAGCACUGAGCAGGCGACCACCAACUCCUGCCAGUGCCUGGAAUGCAAGGAGCCAUGUAAAGAUAAGGCUGGCCUCGCAGCACACUUCCAGCAGGCCACUGCGUCCACCUCCACGGUAUGCAGCACAUGUCCCAUGAUCAUGCCCAACCGGUGCAGCUUCAGUGCCCACCAGCGCAUGCACAAGAACCGCCCGCCCCAUGUCUGUCCAGAGUGCGGGGGCAACUUCCUCUUGGCCAACUUCGAGACGCACUUGAAGGAAGCCUGCCUCCAUUUCUCCCGGAGGAUAGGCUACAGGUGCCCAAGCUGCUCAGUUGUAUUUGGUGGGGUGAACUCCAUCAAAUCCCACAUCCAGACGUCCCACUGUGAGGUUUUUCACAAGUGCCCCAUCUGUCCCAUGGCAUUCAAGUCAGCACCCAGCGCUCAUGCUCACAUUUACACACAGCAUCCGGGCUUCAGCAACCAGCAAUCCAAGAUGAUCUACAAGUGUGCAAUGUGCGACACGGUCUUUACCCACAAGCCCUUGCUCUCCUCCCAUUUUGACCAGCACCUGCUCAAUCAGAGGGUGAGCGUCUUCAAGUGUCCGGACUGCCCUCUUCUCUUUGCCCAGAAGCGGACGAUGCUGGAGCAUCUGAAGAACACUCACCAGCCCCAGAAACCCAAAGAGGACCCAGUGAAAAAGCCGGCCGCUGCCCCACUUACUCCCAAGCAGGAGCCGGCCGAAGAAGAGCCUCCGCCGCCCGCCUCAAAAAUCUCGGAUUCAUCGUCAUCCUCUUCGGAAGACGAGGAGCCGCCCAGCUCUCCGGAGCUGCGGAAGAGCAAGAGGGGCCGUUUCCAGCGCAAGACGGAGACAGGCGUGCGCUCCCGGAGCAACGGCUGGACCUGCGGGAUCUGCCAUUCCUGGUUUCCAGAACGGGAUGAGUACGUUGUGCACAUGAAGAAGAUCCACGGGAAGUGCGUAAAGAAGUUCCCAUGCCACCUGUGUGAGCGAUCCUUCUGUUCUGCCCCCAGCCUCCGGAGACAUGUCCGCGUGAACCAUGAAGGCAUAAAGCGUGUCUAUCCCUGCCGGUACUGUACGGAAGGCAAGCGCACGUUCAGCAGCCGCCUCAUCCUUGAGAAGCACAUCCAAGUGCGCCACGGCAUCAAAGUGACCGACGAGACUCGCAGCCAGGAGGUGCUUAUCACCCGCAUGGGUGCCAGGAACUCCCAGGCAUCAAGCCGGAAACGCAAGCUCUCCUCGGAUGAAGGGGAUUCGUGCAGCGAAGAGCCAGACAGCACCACCCCGCCGUCCAAGACCCCCAAAGGCGACCGGAAAGCCCCCUACCACUGCCGCAAGUGUGGCUAUGUCGCCUCCACAGCGGCUGACUUCCAGGAACACAUCCCCCAGCACAGGACAGGCGAGAGCGCCCACCAGUGCCACGAGUGCGGGCUCUGCUUCACCUCUCAGGUCUCCCUGAACCGCCACCGCUUCAUCACCCACAAGAAGAAGCGGGGAGCGGGUGAUGCGGAGGGUGCCAGCCCCCGGGGCGGCCCUGAGGAGGGGUCCCCGUCGGCAGCAGAAGGGAAACUCUCCUGCACCGUCUGCGGGAAAUGCUUUGACACCCAGCUCAACCUAAAGACUCACUUCCGCACCCACGGGAUGGCCUUCAUCAAAGCCCGGCAGAACGUGGGGGCAGAGAACUAGGCAGGGCGGUGGUUGCAGGUUGAUCCAAGCGCCUCAAGAUCCGACCACGCUCCUUGAUAGACUGGGUAAAAUAAGCUGUGAUUGUGGGAGGGUGCGGGGGGGGGGAGCCUUAUUUAUCACCCUCAAUCACGGCUUCUUGGAACCUCACCUUGGCUGGUUGGUUUGGGGUCUGUCUUUUUCCUUUUUUAAUAUCCUUCAGUUUGGCGCAGGGGUUAAAUCUAAAGAGCGUGGUGGAGAAGCAUUGGCAGUGUUCAGGAAUCAGACUCUGAGUCCUCACGGAUUAACAAUGCUGUGUGCAAGUCCAGUUGCUGGAAAGAAGGCCCUAUAGGCUUUGCUAAUCACUGUAAAAGGCAGCUGAAGCCUUGUUGAUGGUUCUGUUUUUUUUUUUUCUUUAUUGUCCUCCCCCCCAACCCCCUGCACAGGUGCACAGCACCACUAACCAAUCCCAGUUGUGUUGCCACCGCCACUCCUCUCCUCUGAUUUUCGUUGUGCUGCAGAAACAGUCUCUCUGUCUCUUCGGGGCCCUCUUUUCUUCCUCUUCCCUCCCUCAAGGGUGUCAGAAGGCUUCCAGGUUUAUUUUGUUCUCAUCUUCUCCCCCUCCCCCCGAGGUUUCAACUCCCAUCCACUACCUUUCCCUGUGUCUUUUAAAAGCUUCCUUUGUCAGCCUUUUUAAAGAAAAAUUGUCCGCAGCUCUAGGAUGGAAAGUCACAAUUAGCUACAGGUUAGCAUUGCUCUUCCCCCUUCUUAGUCGGAAUCAUGGGUCAAUUCUUUUGCACCUCAGAAAAUCAUUUUUUCCCCUUCACUUGCUAAUCAUAAAGCUGACUCCUUUUUUUGGUGUGUUCAUAACCUUUUCCAAGCCAUUCCAAGGGACAGAGUUUAAAAAAACCACAAAUCGAUUUUAUUUGCAUUUUGCUCCCGAUACGUGUUGAUGAUGAGGACCUAGAGCAGAGACGAGGGGGGGUAAUUUGGGGCUGUCCAGAAGUAGCUGGUCUACAGCUCCCAACAUCAUCCAUGUCCAUGGGCCAUGCUGGCCACUGGGAUUUGGCAUCCCAACAGCAUCUGGGGUUCUCCAUCACUUGGCCAGUGGCUACUGGCCCACCCAAGCCCUUCCCCCCUCUUCCGAUGAGCUAUUUUCGAGUGGUUUGGAAGAAUGAGAAUUGGGGUCUGGCGGAGGCUGCAGGGAGAAGUGAGCAGAUGCAGAGUGGGCUCCAGUUAAUGACAGAUUUCACAGUUGGAGCUUGUGAUAAUUUAACAGUGGGAUCCCAUGAUCAGUGGGUAUCUGCUUCCCAAUUUGUGGUGGCUGGAAACAUCAACUUACUCAUGGUGGGGGGCAGGAGAGAGGAGGGCACCCUUCCUAGCGAAAGAGAGUGGCAGUCACGGUGAGCAGAUGUGUGUCUGAGUUGCAUCAGGCCUGCAGAUGCUCCAUGUGUUGCCUUUUUACCUGACUGCCUUACCUAGAUGGAUGGAAACAGGUGCUAGGGUGUACCGUUUCUGGCUCCACCUAGGAGGUUCAAACGUUUGGAUGCUCUCCCCUGUGCAAAAUGCAGGCACGCCAUCUUUACCGUUAAUCAUAGGAGGGGAAAAAGCCCACAAGUACCAUUGCUUAACCCGGACCCCAGUCCAACAGGCUCUCUUUGCUCCUGUGUUCUUCCAGCAUCUGCGUUAAUUUCAGCAGGGCUCUGUAAGAGAACUUUAUGAUAGACAGUACAUUGCAUCGUCCUGUUCCCCCCCCCACACGUCACAGUAGUAUCAGCUAUGUUAAUCAUGACUCAAGAAGCUCACCUUCCAGAGGGGGGUGUCUGUCCACCAUAAUGAUUUUACAAUUAAUCAUGGUCCACAAACACCACCUCCAGAACCAUCUUGAAAUCCCUCUGGUAGACAAUCAUUCCAUAGGUUAUGUGACCAAAAAAACAGCAGACAUACUACCGCCUCUUUAUUCUGACAGAUGUUGAGCGUUUAGCUUCCUGUUUCGGUGAAAGCUUUGGAAAGAUGCAGUUCUGUGCUUUAAACUUCCCUCCUCUUUAACAUGGUCCACCGUCAGAUCGUGUGUGAAAGGGUGAAAUUUUACUUUCUGUGCUUUUGUGUUAAGGUAUUUCAGUUGGGGAAGGGAGUCUUGUGGGUCUGUCUCACGCUCUGAAAAAUUUGUGCACAAGUGAUUUUUUAGUAACUUGGAUUUUGUUUGUUUUUUGACUUCAUCACUAACGCUUUUAUUAACCAAGCAUGUGUGCUUUAAACAAAUCUGUAACAUAACUGUUGUAGCUUCCUGUUUCAGGAAAUAUUAGUUGCAUAUCUGUUAAACUUGUUUUGAAGAGAGACCCUUUUUAUGUUUGGCAAAUGGUUAGAGCAGGGAGGAGGAACUUGGGAUCCCCUCUAGAACAGCCUUCACCAAACUGGCGUCCUCUAGAAGUUUUGGACUACAAACUCCUAUCAGCCCUGGGAAUUGUAAUCUAAAAUACCUGGAGGCACAAGGCUGGCAAAGGCUGUGUUAAAUCCUGUUGAACUACAAACACCCAUCAUCCUUGACCAUAGGCAGUGCCAGCUGGGGCUGUGCCAGUGACAAAUUGUGUAACUAAACAUUUGAAGACUCCCCUGGGUUUCCCAUCGCUGGGUCGGAAAGAGAAAGGGCCUGGUGGGAGUGUGUGUGUGAGAGAGAGUUGGUUAAGAUUUUGCUCUCUUUGCCGUUGUGAUUUUUUAAAUCCCAACUGUAACAUGUCAGACAAGAGCCUAAGCAGAGAAAUAAAUGUUUUUGCUACUGUGUUCCUAAUUACAUUGCUGAGAUGGCAAGGUUGCUGUCCACAUAACUGGCUUGACAGAGAAAAUUAGUCUGUUUCCAUGUUGAUUUCCUCUUUUUCUUCGGUGCUGGGGUUGUGCAAAUUGAGAGUCUGUGGGGAGGGCAAGCAGAGGCCUUAAUUAGCCACUGUCGGCCAGUGCUCUGCAGUCACAACCCACAGCUUUGAGUUCAAAUCCCCACCCCACCUGGUAUCUGCUUCUAAUGCCUUUCCCUGUCUCGGCACCAGAACCAGGUUUCGGUGACCUUCCACUGUGGUCUUAAACCCAGUCCUAAAUCUGUCCCAUCAGUGGGAUCACCUUCCUAGUGAAUACGCUGAGCAGUGGAGGCUUAAUGGUCACCUAACAGGUAAGGGUGGGGUGAGGAGUGGGGAUUGUCUGUGGUGUAGACAACUGCGCAUUCAUCUCCCCAGAUUGGCUCUUUCUCGCAUUGUUUGGGUUGAAGGGACUCAAUGGUGGUGGCACCUUUUAAAAGGUGAACAUGAGCUUUUGGGGGCCGCCCCAUCCACUUUGUCAGAUGUAUGAAGUGUGAAUCUGAAUUUUCUUGCACUGUUUGGGUGGCAGCCCUUUUCUCUCUCUCACCCCCAGUCUGAAGUAGCCACUUGACAGAGGCACAAAUGCAGCUGACAAACUCCGACCCUCUCCUGGAGGCCACUAUGUAGUGAAGGAAGGGCAGUUAGUCGCCAAGGACACCUCCCCCUUUGUAUCUGGUACAAGCCCCCCUCCCUCCUGGCAAUCUGCAUUGAGUUCGCGUCAACUAACAACUUGUUUUCAGCGGGACUUGAACAAUCCAGGUAGGUGUGGAUUUAAGAGGCCCGAGUUCUGUUGUUGUUUUGUACAAGCCAGGAGAGCAGAACAAGUUUGCAAAAAGCCAACGUAAGAGAUCCUGACAGGGACGCUGUGCUCUGGUCUGCCUUUAAUGCCUCCUUGUCAUAUCCAGCUUAGGGAAUUUGAAAGUGGGGGGGCAGAUGCACAUCCAUUUUUCUGGAGAUCCAACAUAAGGAUUGGAGAAUGGGAGGGAACAGGUAAGAAAUUAACUUUUCCCCAGAACUUCUUUAGUAAUAUAGUAAUGUUUUAAUUGCAGUCUGCAGAAUGUCUUUUUCCCCGUUAAAUAAAACCAUGAGCGUGUGGGGAUACUUUUGUGGUAGAGCUUCAUCAGAUCAGAAUUCCCGGGGGGGGGGGGGAAGAGAGAAAUACUACUUAGUUCUUUCCCUUACCUCUUGUAUAAAAAACUCACUUUCAUCUUCCCUAGAGUCCUCCAGUGCUUUCUUCCCCCAUCUCUCCUCUAAGCAAAAUGUGUUUUUUUAUUUCAGGCAACUCUUGCCUAUGGAAAAUACCUACUUAACUCACCUUCCCUCCCCCACUUUUUUUAAUUUAAAGAAAAAGCUUUUUUUAAAAAAAUUAGUUGAAAGUGUAAAUGACAUUUCAUAGAAAUUUCUUACCGUUUAGGGGCUACAAAAGAAGAACGAUUGCUUUGUAAUUAUUGAUGAUUGAAUUCCACACCUUUUAUUCUUUUUUUUGGAGUUUUUUCAUUGCACGCACUUGAGUGCCUUUAGGUAUAUCUUGUGAGGUUUUUUUUUAAAGAUAAAAAGAGACUAUGAAUUCUGUAUAUUUGUUUUCUAGAGGGUGAAAAAAAAUCCAGAGGGUCGUGGGAGGUUCGGGGAAGAUCACAACUGUGAAUUUAAAUAUUACGCUACAUUAAAAAAAAAUUGGUCACUGAAAAAGCCUCUCAGGUUAACUCCUUUCACUGUACUGAUAAUGCAAUUAAAAACUUCUAGUGGUUUAACCCCCUUA